CAGCUAUUAAAAUAUCCCGGAUGUAGAUUUAAGGGCCUCUUUCUACACGGGCAAAAUGGCGGAUGAUGUUCCAGCAAAGCUGCCCACGCAACCCGAGACCCUCUUGAAAAAGAGGAGAAAGGCUCAGACUGAGAAGGCACGCCGGGCUCAGGUCCGACUUCUCAAAAAGAAGAGAAAUGCUGUCAAAAGGAAGACAAUCUUCAAGCGUGCUGAGCAGUACAUCCAGGAAUACAAGCGAAAGGAACGCGAUGUCAUCAGACUGAAGCGUGUGGCCAGGAAGCAUAACAACUUCUAUGUCCCGGACGAGCCUAAGCUUGGUUUCAUCAUCAGAAUCCGUGGUAUCAACGGCGUCAGCCCCAGGGUGCGCAAGAUCCUUCAACUGCUUCGACUGCGGCAGAUCCACAAUGGAUCCUUCAUCCGUCUCAACAAGGCCACCCUGCAGAUGCUGCGACUGGUUGAACCAUACAUUGCCUGGGGGUACCCAAAUCUGAAGUCGGUACGUGAGCUCGUCUACAAGCGUGGUUAUGGCAAGGUUCAAAUGAGACGUGUGCCCAUCACCUCUAAUGAGAUCAUCGAAAAGUCACUAGGCAAGUACGGCAUCAUCUGCAUGGAGGACCUCAUCCAUGAGAUCUUCACUGUCGGCCCCAACUUCAAGAAGGCCAACAACUUCCUCUGGCCCUUCAAGCUCAGCAGCCCUCGUGGUGGCUACAGAAAGAAGGGAAACCACUUUGUGGAAGGGGGUGACUACGGCAACCGGGAGGACAAGAUCAACGAGUUCAUACGUAAAAUGAACUAAAUCCUACCCCUCCAAUAAACUAUCACACAACCCAGAAAGAUGUUUCUCUCUGUCAUUGAAUAAGCCAGCAACUGAAUACAUCAUUCAGUAGUUUUUUCGUCCUCUGAAUUUAAACUAUUUGAUUGAAGAGCAUACUUUCUGAGAUUAUAAAGCAGCGAAAACACGCAUGAUGGCAUUUACUUUUUCAGAGUGCCCAAGACUUGAGCAAACAGAAUCUCCAAAAAACUACAAACAAACGAUGUAUGCAAGAUGAUGCUCUGUAAUCAUUUGCCCAAAUACAAAAAUAAAACAUUUCUAAUGCAAAGAU